AUGAGUUUCAGUCUUCUCCUAAUAACUACCUUCUUCAUCGGAUUUCUAUCCUAUUACGUAUGGAUGUGGACGUAUUGGAUGAGAAAAGGAGUCAAGGGACCACGCGGAUAUCCGUUCUCAGGAGUCACUCAUCUGUUCCGAAACUAUGAAUAUCCAGCGGUUAGAGUGUGGAGGGAUUGGACGAAGGAAUACGGACCUGUCUAUGGCAUCACUGAAGGCGUUCAGAAGACUCUGGUAGUGUCUGACCCGGAAUUCGUCAAUGAAGUAUUCGUGAAACAAUUCGAUAACUUCUACGGAAGAAAACUGAACCCACUCCAAGGGGACCCAAAUAAGAACAAACGUGUUCAUGUGUUUGCAUCCCAAGGGCAUCGAUGGAAGAGAUUGAGGACGUUGUCUUCUCCAACAUUCUCUAAUAAAAGUUUGAGAAACAUUAUGAAAACUGUAGAGGAGUCGGUGGUUGAACUGAUGAGACAUCUGGAAACAGGGAGUGCAGGAGGGAAGGUUUUGAAUAUGUUGGACUAUUACCAAGAAUUCACUCUCGACGUCAUUGGAAAAAUUGCGAUGGGACAAACCGAUUCAAUGAUGUUUAGGAAUCCAAUGUUGCCUAAAGUUAAAUCGAUCUUCAUGGAGGGCCGCAAUUAUCUCUUCCUGACCACUGGAGUCUUCCCAUUCCUUGCACCCCUUUUCCGUUAUGUUUUUUCAAGAUUCCCAACUAUCCAACCUGCAUUUGAUAUCAUGAAUAUAAUUGAGAAAGCAGUAAAGACUAGAGUGGAUCAACGUGAAGCUGAUGAGAAAUCUGGAAUCGAAGUAUCUGGAGAGCCACAAGAUUUCAUUGAUUUAUUCUUGGAUUCUCGUGCCAACGUGGAGUUUUUCGAAGAAGAAGCAAAAGAUGAAUUCGCGAAAGUUCAAAUCACAAAAGUGGAUAAGCACUUGACAUUUGACGAGAUCAUUGGACAACUUUUCGUUUUCCUGAUUGCUGGAUACGACACCACUGCAUUGUCCCUGUCAUAUUCCACGUUCCUGUUGGCAACUCAUCCGGAAAUUCAGAAGAAACUUCAAGAAGAGGUGGAUAGAGAGUGCCCGGAUCCAGAAGUUAGUUUUGAUCAGUUGGCAAAGUUGAAAUAUAUGGAAUGUGUGGUGAAGGAAACAUUGAGAUUUUAUCCGUUGGCAUCAGUUGUUCACAACCGAAAAUGCAUGAAAACUACGACAGUGUGCGGUAUGGAAAUCGAGGAGGGAACAAAUGUUCAAGUGGAUACGUGGACGUUGCAUAAUGAUCCUAAGAUCUGGGGAGAUGAUGUGGCAGAGUUUAAGCCAGAGAGAUGGGAAUCCGGCGACGAGCAAUUCUUCCAAAAAGGCGGUUACCUCCCAUUCGGUCUCGGCCCUCGCAUCUGUAUUGGAAUGCGUUUGGCACUGAUGGAAGAGAAGAUGCUCCUGGCUCACAUCCUCCGAAAAUACACCUUUGAGACCACUGCUACCACUGAAAUCCCACUGAAACUCGUCGGCCGAUCAACCACCGCUCCACGAAGUGUGAACCUCAAGUUGCGACCGAGACAUUUUGAUUAA